AUGUGCUUCAGUUUCAUAAUGCCUCCUGCUAUGGCAGAUAUUCUUGACAUCUGGGCAGUGGACUCACAGAUAGCAUCUGAUGUCUCCAUACUUGUGGAUUUCCUUUUGCCCACUGGGAUCUAUAUCCAGUUGGAAGUACCUCGGGAAGCUACCAUUUCUCAUAUUAAGCAGCCUGAUCUAGUGUGUUUCAUAAAAAUCAAACAUCCACAUUUGUAUUUGUUGACUAUGUGUCUCCAUGAAUUUGAUGCCUUGAAGGAUCCUGAAGUGAAUGAAUUCAGAAGAAAAAUGCGCAGUUUCAGUGAAGAAAAGAUUCAGUCACUUGUAGGAUUGCCUUGGAUGGACUGGCUAAAGCAGACAUAUCCCCCAGAGCAUGAACCUUCUGUCCUUGAAAACUUAGAAGAUAAACUUUAUGGAGGAAAGCUCAUUGUGGCCAUUCAUUUUGAAAAUUGUCAGGAUGUGUUUAGCUUUCAAGUAUCUCCUAAUAUGAAUCCUAUAAAAAUAAAUGAAUUGGCAAUCCAAAAACGUUUGACUAUUCAUGGAAAAGAAGAUGAAGUUAGCCCCUAUGACUAUGUCUUGCAAAUCAGUGGAAGAGUAGAGUAUGUGUUUGGUGAUCAUCCACUAAUUCAGUUCCAGUAUAUUCGGAACUGUGUAAUGAACAGGACUCUGCCCCACUUUAUACUCGUGGAAUGCUGCAAGAUCAAGAAGAUGUAUGAACAAGAAAUGAUUGCUAUAGAGGCUGCCAUAAAUCGAAAUUCAUCUAAUCUUCCUCUUCCUUUACCACCCAAGAAAACAAGAAUUAUUUCUCAUGUUUGGGAAAAUAACCACCCUUUCCAAAUUGUCUUGGUUAAGGGAAAUAAGCUUAACACAGAAGAAACUGUAAAAGUUCACGUCAGGGCUGGUCUCUUUCAUGGUACUGAGCUCCUAUGUAAAACCAUCGUAAGCUCAGAAAUAUCAGGGAAAAAUGAUCACGUUUGGAAUGAAUCACUGGAAUUUGAUAUUAAUACUUGUGACCUGCCAAGAAUGGCUCGAUUAUGUUUUGCUGUUUAUGCAGUUUUGGAUAAAGUAAAAACGAAGAAAUCAACUAAAACUAUUAAUCCCUCUAAAUAUCAAACCAUCAGAAAAGCUGGAAAAGUGCAUUAUCCUGUUGCCUGGGUAAAUACAAUGGUUUUUGACUUUAAAGGACAGUUGCGGUCUGGUGACAUAAUAUUGCACAGCUGGUCUUCAUUUCCUGAUGAACUUGAAGAAAUGUUGAAUCCAAUGGGAACUGUUCAAACAAAUCCAUAUACUGAAAAUGCAACAGCUUUGCAUAUUAAAUUCCCAGAGAAUAAAAAACAACCUUAUUAUUAUCCUCCCUUCGAUAAGAUUAUUGAAAAGGCAGCUGAGAUUGCAAGCGGUGAUAGUGCUAAUGUAUCAAGUCGAGGUGGAAAAAAGUUUCUUGCUGUGCUGAAAGAAAUCUUGGAUAGGGAUCCCUUAUCUCAGCUAUGUGAGAAUGAAAUGGAUCUUAUUUGGACUUUGCGACAAGACUGCAGAGAGAAUUUCCCACAGUCACUGCCAAAAUUAUUGUUGUCUAUCAAGUGGAAUAAACUUGAGGAUGUAGCUCAGCUUCAGGCGCUUCUUCAGAUAUGGCCAAAACUGCCCCCCCGGGAGGCACUGGAGCUUCUGGAUUUCAACUAUCCAGACCAGUAUGUGCGGGAAUAUGCUGUAGGCUGCCUGCGACAGAUGAGUGAUGAAGAACUCUCCCAAUAUCUUCUACAACUGGUGCAAGUUUUAAAAUAUGAACCUUUUCUUGAUUGUGCCCUUUCUCGAUUCCUAUUAGAAAGAGCACUUGCUAAUCGGAGGAUAGGGCAGUUUCUGUUUUGGCAUCUUAGGUCGGAAGUACACAUUCCUGCUAUCUCGGUACAAUUUGGUGUCAUCCUUGAAGCAUAUUGCCGAGGAAGUGUAGGCCACAUGAAAGUGCUUUCCAAGCAGGUUGAAGCACUUAAUAAGUUAAAAACUUUAAAUAGUUUAAUCAAACUGAAUGCAAUGAAGCUAAAUAGAGCCAAAGGGAAGGAGGCCAUGCACACCUGUUUAAAACAGAAUGCUUACCGGGAAGCCCUCUCUGACCUGCAGUCACCUCUGAAUCCAUGUGUCAUCCUCUCUGAACUCUAUGUUGAAAAGUGUAAAUACAUGGAUUCCAAGAUGAAGCCUUUGUGGUUGGUGUACAACAACAAAGUGUUUGGUGAGGAUUCAGUUGGAGUGAUUUUUAAAAAUGGUGAUGAUUUACGACAAGAUAUGCUGACACUUCAGAUGCUGCGCUUGAUGGAUUUACUCUGGAAAGAGGCUGGUCUGGAUCUCCGGAUGCUGCCUUAUGGCUGUUUAGCAACAGGAGACCGCUCUGGCCUCAUCGAAGUAGUGAGCACCUCUGAAACAAUUGCCGACAUUCAGCUGAACAGUAGCAAUGUGGCAGCCGCUGCAGCCUUCAACAAAGAUGCCCUUCUCAACUGGCUUAAAGAGUACAAUUCUGGGGAUGACCUGGACCGAGCUAUUGAGGAGUUUACCCUGUCCUGUGCUGGCUACUGUGUAGCUUCUUAUGUUCUUGGGAUUGGCGACAGACAUAGUGACAACAUCAUGGUUAAGAAAACCGGUCAGCUGUUCCACAUUGACUUUGGGCAUAUUCUUGGAAACUUCAAGUCUAAAUUUGGCAUUAAAAGGGAGCGAGUGCCUUUUAUUCUUACCUAUGAUUUCAUUCAUGUGAUUCAACAAGGAAAAACAGGAAACACAGAAAAAUUUGGCCGGUUCCGCCAGUGUUGUGAAGAUGCAUACUUGAUAUUACGACGGCAUGGGAAUCUCUUCAUCACUCUGUUUGCACUGAUGUUGACUGCAGGGCUUCCUGAACUCACAUCGGUUAAGGAUAUUCAAUAUCUCAAGGAUUCUCUUGCCUUAGGGAAGAGUGAAGAAGAAGCACUCAAACAAUUCAAGCAAAAAUUUGAUGAGGCACUCAGGGAAAGCUGGACUACUAAAGUGAACUGGAUGGCCCAUACAGUUCGGAAAGACUACAGAUCUUAA